UAUGGAAUCCUUCCCUCUCUCUCAUAUGGCUUCUUCUCAAAUCCGAUUUUUCUCUCUCUAAAACUUUUCUCUCUCCUCUUCUCUCUCUUUCUCCCUACGAAUUCAUAUUUCUCGUUUCUUUUCCGAGAAAGUUCAUUCGCAUUGCCGAUCUGUGCUUGCGUAUCUCUUGAUUCCACACUUAUUCUUUCGAAUUCUCACAAGCGGUUAUCACUUGUUCUCCAAUGUAUGGGAUCAGUUUGAAGUCGGUUUAGUCAAACUGAACAUGGAUAUUCAUCUAAAAUGAUAAAGACAUCACCCGAACACUGGGUUUUCUGAAGGUUGCAACAUGUUGAUGGACCUCUCCGUUUUUGUAGAUAACUUCUACAAUGAAAAGUGGAUUGUUGAUGAUACUAAAUGCUUCAUGCUAUAUUUUAACUCUAACCCAUGUCUGCAAACUAAGUGCCGACACUGUGUUGACAGUUAGCCAGCUCUUCAUGGAAUCUGUUCCAGUCUCUCUAAAGUUUUAUUUAUAGUGUUGUAAUUCUAACAAUGGAAAGAUAUAAAAUUUUGAGAGAGCUCGGGGAUGGUUCUUGCGGUCAUGUAUAUAAAGCCCAUGAUAUGCGAACAUAUGAGAUUGUUGCUGUCAAAAAGUUGAAAAGAAAGUUUUGUUUCUGGGAAGAAUACACAAAUUUAAGAGAAGUUAAGGCCCUCCGUAAAAUGAAUCACCCAAAUAUCAUAAAGUUGAAAGAGGAUUGUAAUCUUUAUCAAUUAAUAAAGGAGAGAGAAAAACCCUUUUCAGAGGAAGAGAUACGGUGCUUUGUGAGGCAAAUGUUGGAAGGACUUAGUCAUAUGCACAAGAAAGGAUUCUUUCAUCGGGAUUUAAAACCUGAGAAUUUGCUGGUAACAAAUGAUGUUUUGAAAAUUGCUGAUUUUGGACUGGCUAGAGAAGUAUCAUCAAUGCCUCCAUAUACUCAAUAUGUUUCCACACGGUGGUAUCGAGCUCCAGAAGUUUUGAUGCAAGCCCCUUCUUAUACUCCUGCUGUUGACAUGUGGGCAGUUGGUGCUAUAUUAGCUGAGCUUUUUACUUUGACCCCUUUAUUUCCUGGUGAAAGUGAAAUAGAUCAACUGUACAAAAUAUAUGGCAUUCUUGGGAUGCCAGAUUCCUCUGCUUUCACCAUCAGGGAAAACAACUCUCAAUUAUUGGAUUUGGUUUCUCAUGAAAUUGUUCCACCUGUGAAACUUUCUAACAUCAUUCCAAAUGCUAGUUCGGAAGCUGUAGACUUGAUGACACAACUGCUACAUUGGGACCCAUCAAGAAGGCCAGAUGCUGAUCAGUCAUUACAACAUCCAUUUUUCCAUGUGAAUGCAUGGGUUCCUUAUCCACUCAGUGAUCCACUUGAGCUGAAGCUGAGUAGCAAGAGGGCAAAGCCAAAUCUCGAGCUGAAACUGCAGGAUUUUGGCCCCGAUCCCGAUGAUUGUUUUCUUGGCUUGACCUUAGCUGUAAAGCCCAGUGUUUCAAACAUAGAUGUGGUCCAAAAUGUAUCGCAGGGUGUAAGAGAGAACAUGCUAUUUUGCUCAGAUUUUAAUGAUCAUUCGGACCAGUCAGUAUUCUGGACAUUAUUAUCUCCUGAUCGAAAUGGUGUUGCUAACUCAGCAGAGACUUCACUGUCACUGUCAUUCAGUUCAAUGCAACAUCAGCCAAUUGGAGUUCCACAGUCUACGGGAUUUUCUUUUCAGCCUUUGCAGCCUAACAUCUUAACUACACCAUUUUUGGCACUGUCUUCUCCCUUCCAGCGCGGCCACUGCCUUUGAAUGACUCAACUUUGAACUGCAGCAGUAUGAUAUGGAAUCUUGAUCAUAUGCAUAUAAUACUUUUUAUUUAUUGAAAAUUAAUAUUUUGUACAGUUCUGUUUUCACUCAAAAUAGUUUCUUCACUCCUCGCCAUGAAAUAUAAUGUAAUUACCGAGCAAAUUCUAUAAUGAUACUUGAUUCCAUUCCUUAACUGUAACAUCGAAAUUGAGACCGUGUAUUUCCAGAACUGAAAUAGAGAGCAUGAAAGAAACAUGUCAAAGUCCUUGUUUCUUUAAUAUUCUAAAAGGAUUCUUUUUCUUUUUCUGAA